AUGGCCAAGAAACUCUGUAUAGAAACUGGGGACGACCGGUACCGCGUCUGGGGAGAGCCCGGAGAGGAGACACGGCCGAAAUUGAGUGCCAUGAUUAAGAUGCCGUGUACUUGGCCAAUCAUGUUUGUUCUCACUGAACCCAUCGUGACUAGUAUAUGCAUUUGGGUCUUUUUCAUGUCCGGCGUGCUCUACGUCCAGAUCGGAUCUGUGUCCGGAGUUUUCAAGCACAUAUAUCACUUCAACGUCGGGCAGAGUGGAUUAGUGUUCAUUAUCGUCGUUGUGGGAAGUAUCCUGGGACUCCUUGCCAAUUUCUACCAGGAUGUGCUGUACCGGAAAUGCGUGUCUCAGAGGGGCCCUGAAGCAAGGCUAUACAUCGCUUGUUUAGUUGCACUCUUGCUACCUAUAUUCAUCUAUGCAUGGACAGCGGACUCUCGCAUGUUCUGGACGUGGCCUGUUGUCGGUUUAUCGAUCUUCAUGUUUUGUUCAUUUGUUUCGUACCAGGUGGUUUUCAUUUAUCUGGCAGACUGGGAAGUCUCUCGUACCAUCUCCACUGGUUUAGCUCGUAAUAUGGGUAGCUUUGGAUUCCCCCUCUUCUCCCACAUAAUGUUCAAGAAGCUCACAUACAAAUGGGCCAACACUAUCUUUGGUGGCGUCGCUGUCCUCCUGAUUCCAGUCCCUUUCAUUCUUUUCUUGUAUGGACCCUCACUUCGAAAACGGAGCACAAUGUACAGCCAGCUAAUGCAAGAUGAAGAAAAACCAGAACAGUUUGAAUUUCCUAAAUCCCAGCUAGACUAGGCUCGGGUUGAUCCGUGUAUGAGCUUCCAAUUCAUGGUCUGUAUCACGUUCCUUACUCGCAGUGUCGAUCUCAAUGCACAAUGGUGCAAACAGCCUCUCAUUCAUUUUUUUGGACUCGAUUUACAGAGUAUUAUAAUUCCAGCAUCUACCUACUUGUAAUCUCCGCAACAGACGAGGAUUAGCCUCAUACAUUCAUUUAGAAGGGCAGUUUUCUUUUCCACGAAUACUUUCAUUUGUAGCAUAUUAUUCUACUAGUAUGAGGUAUCUGUAUGACUAUAGUGCGUCUUAAUUGUUCAUCCCCGUCAGGAAGGGAACUUUUCCAAUACUAUGCACUGUGUACGACAACAUCGUUCCUUUGUUUGGAACGACAGGAAUAUUUGGACCAUUUCUUGUUCUUCCAUGGUCCCAGAGCAGUACAUU